AUGGGGUAUAGUAUUUAAAUAAUAAAAUAGUAUUGCUUAUUUGUAGGGGGUCUAAUGGCAAAUAGAAACUAAUCUCUAAAAGUGCAAAAUGAUAUCUUAGGUAUGAUAAUAAUGAUUUAAAAGAUUGAACUCUUGGAAAAGGAACAUUUGUUAAAGUGAAAUUAGGUUAUCAUAUUAUUUGUAAUCAAUUUGUAUAUCAAUUCUUUUAUUUAAGGUUGCUGUUAAAAUAUUAUAGAAACAUAAAAUUGAAAAUAAUGUACAUAUUAUAUGAAAUAAAAGAGAAAUCUCUAUUUUAAUAAAAAAAGUUAAUCAUGAAAAUAUAUAUAAAUUAUAUCUUGUAUUAAUAAUUUAUUACUAACUUAGAUUCUAUAAUCAGAUCACAAGUUCUUUUUCGUUUUAGGAUCUACCAAAAAGGAGAAGAACUCUUUGAUUACAUUUGUAUAAAAAAAUUAGUUAAAAAUACAAUGAAUAUCUUUAUAUUGCCAUAAAUAGCUGCACAAUUGUUUAUUCAAUUAAUAAAUGCUUUCAUGUAAUUGCAUCGAGAUUUAAAACCAGAAAAUCUACACUUUAAUGAAUCAAAUAAUCUUUAAAAUUGCUGA